GUGCAGUGGUGUUGUUUGUGGCCUUGAUAUCGUGCUGUACCAUCAUCGUCGACGAGCAACUGCCAGACGCAGUAGCGAACUCCGCAACCUCACCGAUGGCGGCAUAAUGCGGCAGGUAUCGGUCGAUCGAUGGCUGGACGAGCAGACACACGCGAGCUGCGAGGAUCGGUUAUACGCUCAGGAAUCCUGUCCCAUCUGUCUGUCAACCCUAGCAGCGUCCCAAGAUACCCUUCCUUUUCCCGAGCCGGCCUGGGUCGCACCAUCACCCCAUGACGAGCCCAGCCUGCAUGAUACGAUGGAGGCCGAUCGAAUGUCUGGGAGGAGAAACAUCCUGGUCCUCAACCGUUGCCACCAUGUCUUCCAUGCGUCCUGUCUCGCAUCAUGGUUCGAAUACCAUCAGUAUAAAUGCCCAAUUUGUCAGACAUCAUAUUUCAGCGAAUAGCCCGCUACAACAUUGCAGAUAGUCAGUGACCGCAAUGGAAAGUCUUUGUUCCCGCGUAUAUCUUUUGCCAAGACUAGUACUAUGGUUGGCAAACUCUAAGUCCGUUCAAGUCCAUUUGACUCGUUCGAACAGGGUCGUCACCAUGACCACGAUGUCACCUUCAGAACCAAGCAUAAUCGUUGUGCAUGGCAGGCCCUAAAUAAGU